AAGAACUCCAGCACCAUCCAUCCCUUCUUUCUCUAGUCCACUCCUCUCUUCUUCCCCUCUUCAACCUACAAAAAAUAAAAAUAAAAAAACUCCGAAAAUGUCCUCUCAGGAUAUUGAAAAAUACCGCCAGGCAGCAGAAAUCUACCAAGGGAGCGCCCCCUGCAAGAAGAAGUCGAUAGAGCUGCUGGAAGAGAUGUCCCUACCAAAGGGCAUUCUGCCGCUUGACGACAUGAUCGAGAUCGGCCACAAUCGCUCAGCCGGCUUUAUCUGGAUACGCCAGAAGAAGAAAUACGAGCACGUCUUCCGCAAGAUCGGACGCAAGGUGUUGUACGAGGCUGAAAUCACAGGGUUCAUUCAGAACCGUCGGAUGUGGAAGAUAACCGGUGUCAAGACAAAGGAGCUCUUGAUCUGGGUCUCGGCCUCAGAGAUGUACAUCGAAGAGUCUGCGCCAGAGAAGCUUAUGGUAAAGGGGCCCGCCGGGCUGAGGAUGAACUUCCCGGUGUCAGCCUUCGAGCUUGAGGAAAACAAGAUGGAGAUAAAGAAGUGAGGAUGGCAAGUUCGUAAAUUUGAGGCCUGUGUAUGGCAUUUUACUGUUGGCGGUGGGUGUUACUCUUGUUACUGGGUAGUAUGAUUAGUAAGAAAAUAUAAUAAUAGGGGAUUUAUGGAAUAAAAAUUG